AUGGAGCAGGAGAAAAUAGAAGCUUCAGAGAAACAAGAAUCAGAAUAUUUUAUAUCAGAAAAGUACUCUAUGGAUUCUUUUGAUGUUUUAGGAACUCUCGGUGUAGGCACUUUUAGUAGAGUGAGGCUUGUUAGAAGCAAGGACCAACCUUAUAUGAAACCUUUAGCACUUAAAAUCCUAAAGAAGACAUCAAUUUUGAAAAUGAGGCAGCUCAGUCAUCUUAGGAAUGAAAAAGAACUAAUGGAGCAACUGGAUCACGCUUUUAUAACAAAAAUCUUAGGAACUUUCCAAGAUGACUAUUAUGUAUUUUUCGUUCUCGAAUAUGCUUGUGGAGGGGAGUUGUUUACAAGACUCAAAAAAUUAGGAACCCUUCCAUCACAAGACGCUCGAUUUUAUAUCUCUGAGCUUGUCCUUGCACUUGAAUAUUUGCAUGAUAAAGGAAUUGUUUUUCGAGAUCUUAAGCCGGAGAAUAUUUUAAUCGAUCGAAGUGGCCAUGUAAAAUUAUCCGAUUUUGGCUUCGCCAAAGCAAUAUCAGAUAGCAAAACUUAUACGAUGUGUGGGACACCUGAAUAUCUAGCUCCAGAAAUUAUUCUGGGGAAAGGCUAUGGACGUGAAGUAGACUGGUGGGCUUUAGGCAUUUUGCUAUAUGAAAUGAUUGCUGGAUAUCCACCAUAUUGUGAUGAUAGCCCAUUUAAUAUCUACCAAAAAAUUUUGUUAGGAAGGCUUGUGUUUCCUUCUUAUUUUGACGACAUUCUUUGUUCAUUACUCUCUGCACUUUUAGAGCCCAACGUACAGAAAAGAAUUGGCUAUAAGAAUAAUGCUGCAAGCGAUUUAAAAAACCAUUUGUGGUUUAGUAAUGUUGAUUUUAAUUUAUUAUUGAUAAAAGAAUGCCCAUCACCAUGGAUACCAGAAUUGAUGACUGAAGAAGACACUUCGAACUUCAACACUUACCCAGAUUCAUUAGAGCAGCCUCAUGCGCCGAAAUUCACUCGAGAAAGAGAUCCUUUUGUUGGGUUUUAA